AGGAAAAUUGAGUGACAUUUUGACUGGCUACAGACCACGGUCAUAACUUGGGAAUAUAGUACCCAGACCAACCGCAGCAGCAAACCUCCAUACAUUUUCCGAUCGUCUCCUCAGCCGAAGCAACUCUGCAGAGUCUCCGCCCAUCUUCUGACACUCACUAGGAUUUUCUCGUUCCAAGACGAAAUGGGAAAUCACAAGCACAACCAUGGCAUUGGAACUGAAAGGAUGUCUCCAGCAACAAAGCCUCAUGGAAAGGAUUUAUGGGAUAUGGAGCUUCACAUUCACCGUUUGGAAACAGAGGCAUACCAUGCUGUUCUGAAGGCUUUUAGCGCUCAAUCUAAUAACCUAACUUGGGCACGGGAGGCACUUAUGACUGAGCUGCGGAGGGAACUUAAUAUUACAGAUGAUGAACAUGGACAGCUGCUCAUUAAGAUUAAGUCAGAUCAGUCAGUUAAAAUGAUAAGGGAAUGGCGGAAUGGUGCCCCUUGUGCUCAAGAGUAUAGUGAGGAUGCUCCUGGAUAUCCUCCUCCUCAAGUAGUGAUCAAUGCUGAACCGAGAAAACUGGAGACUACACAUCCUCCUGUUUCAAAGUCUCAGAAAUGUGUCUCAUACAGUCAUUCUUGUAAAGAAACUACCCCUUCUGCUGCACCAGAUGCCCACACCAAAAACACUAAUGGAAUGAGAGUCAAACGUGGAAAAAACUUAACUCAAGGAAACAGCCUUGUCGUGAGCUUGAAGUACCAAGGACAAGUUAGCAGUGAUAAAAGUACCGACCCGGCAAUGCUCUCCUCUGAGAAAGGCCGGCAGGCUAUGAAUAUAAGUUGUCAUGACCCUCAGCCUCAGGUUCCAUCUGGUAGCAGAAGUACUGGACUGGUAAAACCCCAAUCGAAGAUAGGUUUCCGCGCACCUGGCUCUGAUAAUUUCAAGGAAAGUUGUGAUUUUAUUAGGAUUCGUGCUACAGAUCAAGUUAUUCAUCAGGCUUAUAAGCUGCUUAGUCAAGAAAGAGUAGUCCCACUUCAUAUAGAAAAGGCAAAGCUAAUCCUUCGAGAGCAUGAAAGAGCUAUCCUCGACGCACUUGAUAAACUGCCUGAUGUGUCAGAGAUGGCCGAUUCUCCCAAGCAAAUGCAGCACAAGUAUCCUCAUGAGGAGCUUCCAGGAAUGGGACGUGAAAUGUUGAUACGCAGUGACUUGUAUGGACAGGCUGGUAGGCUGGCAUACUGAGAGUUCUGUUCAAAGUUCAAGCUCUCUCUUUCAGAGUUAGGAUUCCCUUCGUUGACAUGCAAGCUGAUAGUUAAUUUGACUUCGUAAUUUUGGAGAUUUGAAAUCAUGUAAAUACGACAUUGUUGCAACAUACCUUCGAUCAUAUAGGCUGUCAAGAACGUAGCGCGCAGAAAUGGUGCUUCGUGCUAUUUUGCGUAGUCCUAACAGGUAACCAAUAUGAACUGAACACUUAGACUUUGAUGUUAAUUAAUCAAUAGUGGUAUCUUCGUGCAUUA